AACUAUUUCAGCUUGAAAUGUCGAUUGAUGGUAGUUUCAGCCUUUAUUCUUCGCUUCAAAGGUUUUUUGAUCGUUGCCCGAAGCUCCAAUCGUUUCCACAGUUUGAGUCGCUAGCACAGAGGGGGGAGUUGGUUACUCAAGAGGAAAUGGUUAAUGUGUUAGUAGGGGUGUUUCUGCACCCAAGUUAUACAAUUCCAUUGAUGGGAUGUUUCCGUCCAAUUGCUCGACAUUUUGUAGAUAAAGCUGUUGCUCUGCUUAGUCUUGUACCAGAUUUGAGAUGUAAUACUGAUGAAACUGCUGUGGAAGAUGAUCGCGAAAGCGUUUUGGAUGAAGUUGCUAAUGUCAUAGAGUUUUAUAGUGGACAGGGAAAGGGUCUCGAUCUUCACGAGCUUGCUUGUCUAGCCUUCUGUCGUGCACUUGACAUGGGUCCUUUUCUGCUGAGUUCUGUUUUAAGCUAUUUCAAUUUUGCUCCUGCUCCAUUUGAAAGAAUAUCAGUGAAACAAGACAUGGUUGAGACCCAUGCACUGCAUGCUGCCCAUAUAUCAUACCGCCUCCUUCUAAUGAAACCUGAAAUUUUCUCAAAGCUUUGGAAUUGGUCUUGUUUUCUGGAUCUCAUAAAAGAGCCAUGCACUCCAGAUCUUAAGUGGUGUGGGGUGCAAAUAUUAAGAGUUGUGCUCAAGUUAGGUUAUAGAGCUACAGAAAACUUGAAUAUUGGAGCUGAGGAAGCAUUUUCUAGUCUAUUGCGUUGGGAAGAGUUCUGUCAGGACACAUCACUAGAAAAAGCUGGUUGGUAUGUUGAGCCAGUAGCAGACUAUGUGUCUGGUUCUUCAGAUGGAAGCAUGGAUUUCAACAAUGAGAACUGUUUAAAAUCCUUUGGCUUUAAUUCUCGGCAUGUUAGUUCACCAACUCUUCAUGAUUUUCAACAACCUUUUAGGAGUCAACGGCUUAUGACAAGGGGUGAUGUAUCAGUAAGUAAUACAUUUGUAUUGACACCAGCGGUGAAGAAAAGUUAUGAUAGAGUUCUGUUGGCGGUGAGUCAGAGGUGGCCUGUUCUUUUAUGUGGUCCUUCUGGUUGUGGAAAAUCUGCUCUCAUUGCCAAGCUGGCUCAAGAUAGUGGAAACCAAGUGCUAUCUAUACAGAUGGAUGAUCAAAUUGAUGGUAGAACAUUGGUUGGAGCUUAUGUCUGUACAGAUAGGCCUGGGGAGUUUAGAUGGCAGCCUGGAUCACUUACCCAGGCUGUGCAGAAUGGUUUGUGGAUUGUUUUUGAGGAUGUCAACAAAGCACCGUCUGAUGUACAUUCCAUAUUAAUGCCUUUAUUGGAAGGGGCUGGUUCAUUUGCAACGGGACAUGGGGAGGUAGUAAAGGUGGCAGAUAGUUUUAGAAUGUUUUCAACUAUUGCUGUUUCUAAGUUUGACACAUCUGAGAAUGCAGCUCAAAAUUCACAUAGUGUCUUUUGGAGAAGAGUGAUGAUUCCAUCUCCAGAUAAGAAAGAGAUGGAAGAUAUAAUCAAAGCGAGGUAUCCUGAUUUGGAGCUUCAUGUUGACAGACUCCUCGAAACCUUUGAAAGGGUUAAUUCUAUCUGCAUGCUUGAAAUUGUGGGUUUUCACUCUGGAAGUUCUGCUUCUGUUUAUUGUCCCUGCAGAUUCUCGUUAAGGGAUCUCCUUAAGUGGUGCAAAAGGAUUGCAGGUUUAGGUUUUUGCUUUAAUGGUAGCUUAUCAGAAAACCAAUGUUUAAGGGUGUAUAAAGAGGCUGUUGAUGUAUUUGCUUCCUUUUCAACAUCAAUUAAAAACCGUUUGUCAAUAAUGAAAGAGAUAGCAGAAUUGUGGAAAUUACCAGUUUCUGCUGCUGAGAACUUGUAUCCCCAUGACAAACCAAUAAUUCAGGAUUCUGUCACAGAUUUAAGAAUAGGCCGAGUUUCCCUUCAGUACUCUAAAAAAUCUUUAGAAAAGCAUAAAAGACCUUUUGUUGAGAUCCGUAGUUCUCUGCAUGUUUUGGAGCGCAUAGCUUGCUCUGUCAGAUAUAAUGAGCCUGUACUAUUAGUUGGAGAAACUGGUACUGGGAAGACUACAAUUGUUCAAAAUUUAGCUUCAAGGCUUGGUCAAAAGCUUACUGUUUUGAACUUGAGUCAGCAAAGUGAUGUUGCUGACUUACUAGGGGGGUUUAAGCCUAUGGAUGCACAGUUUGUGUAUUUCCCCCUUUAUAAGGAGUUUGAGGAUAUCUUUACUAGGACAUUUUCGAAGAAGAAAAAUGUAGACUUUCUUGGUCAUCUACAAAAGUUUUUAAUUGAUAAGAAUUGGGAAAUGCUACUGCAAGGAUUGCGAAAAGCAGUUGAAAAGUCAGUUGAGCUUAUUCAACCUGGAUCUUCAAAAAAGCGUAAAAGGCCAUUAGAAGAAGAAUUAAUUCAAGCUUGGGAGAGAUUUUGUUUAAAACUGGAUAGUGUCUGUCAAAAUAAUCCUUCUUCAGGGAUGAUGUUUUCAUUUGUAGAAGGAAGUUUUGUAACUGCUCUUAGAAAUGGUGAGUGGAUUUUGCUUGAUGAGGUGAAUUUGGCUCCUCCGGAAACCUUGCAAAGAAUUGUUGGUGUUCUAGAAGGGGAACAUGGAGUGCUGUGUUUAGCUGAAAGAGGUGAUACAGAUUAUAUUUGCCGUCAUCCAAACUUUCGUAUAUUUGCUUGCAUGAAUCCUGCAACAGAUGCAGGGAAGCGGGAUUUGCCUGUUUCUUUGAGAAGUAGAUUUACUGAGUAUUUUGUUGAUGAUGUUUUGGAUGAUGAGGAUUUAAGUUUGUUUAUUAGUCAGUUCAUUAGCUGUGGCUUUAUGGAUCAACAGUUGGUGAAUAAAAUUGUGUGUUUCUAUAAAGAAUCAAAAAAGGAAUCUGAAGAGAGGUUGCAGGAUAGUGCUAAUCAGAAACCUCAAUACAGUUUAAGGUCCCUUUAUCGUGCUCUAGAGUAUACAAGGAAGGCAGAGAGAAAAUUUGGAUUUCAAAAGGCACUGUAUGAUGGGUUUAGCAUGUUCUUCCUCUCAUUGUUGGAUGGACCCAGUGCUGAAAUAAUGAGGCAAAAGAUAUCAUCUCUUUUGUUGGGAGGGUAUAUGCUUCCACAUGUACAUUUUUACAGCUAUUUAGAUACCUUCAAAUCUGAUGGAUAUUCAGGGAACUAUGUUCAAACAAAAAGUGUGCAGGAGCAUCUUGCAAAUUUGGCACGUGCUGUUCUAAUAAAGAGAUAUCCUGUCCUCUUACAGGGACCCACAUCUAGUGGGAAAACUAGCCUUGUUCAGUAUCUUGCUGCAAUAACUGGUCAUGAUUUUGUAAGAAUCAAUAAUCAUGAACACACUGAUUUGCAGGAGUAUUUAGGUUCUUAUAUAACUGACACUAGUGGAAAGCUUGUUUUUAAUGAAGGUGUUUUGGUUAAAGCUGUGAGAAAUGGUUACUGGAUUGUACUGGAUGAGCUUAACUUGGCUCCAUCUGAUGUGCUGGAGGCAUUGAACCGAUUACUUGAUGAUAACAGAGAGCUUUUUGUUCCUGAACUGCAAGUAACGAUUAAAGCACAUCCAGACUUCAUGCUCUUUGCAACUCAAAAUCCACCAACACUUUAUGGUGGUCGCAAAAUGUUGUCCCGGGCAUUUCGCAAUCGUUUUGUGGAGAUUCAUGUUGGUGAAAUUCCAGAUGAUGAGCUCUGCAAAAUAUUGGGGGAGAGAUGUGAAAUCCCCUUAAGUUAUGCCAAAAAAAUGGUUGAAGUGAUGAAGGAACUACGGUUGCACAGACAGAGUAGCAGAGUCUUUGCUGGUAAACAUGGAUUUAUAACUCCUCGAGACUUGUUUCGCUGGGCUGAGCGUUACAAGAGAUUUGGUAGCUCUUAUGAAGAUUUGGCCAAAGAUGGCUAUUAUCUUUUGGCAGAAAGGCUACGGGAUGAGGAUGAGAAGUCUGUUGUUCAAGAAGUUCUGGAAAAGCAUCUUCGGGUUAAACUAAAUGUAAAAAAUUUAUAUGAUCAGAUAUUAUUUAGAGGCAACUCUUCUUCCAAUUUGAUCGUUGGUUUAGGAAGUUCAGAGAGUCUAGAAAGUGUAUUCUUGACAAAAACUAUGCAGAGGCUAUACUUCCUUGUGGAACGCUGCUUUAAGUUACGUGAGCCUGUACUGCUUGUUGGGGAAACAGGUGGAGGGAAGACAACUGUUUGUCAGUUAUUAAGUGCUUGUUUGCAGUUAAAGUUACAUAUCUUGAAUUGCCAUCAGUAUACAGAAACAUCUGAUUUUAUUGGGGGAUUCCGUCCCAUACGAGAGAGAUCUACACUGAUAUCUAAUUAUAAAGAGAUCAUUGAAAAGCUGAAGAAACUAAAGGCUUCUACAUACUUUCCCAAGGACUUUUUAGUUUCUUGUGACAUAAAUAAAGCUUCUUCAACUCUUGAUCUGCUGAAUAGUAUGAUAAGAAAAUUGAAAGGAGGACAAGUUUGUAGUUCGCAUGUUAGCAGAGAGUAUCUUUAUGCUCUUGAGCAAAUAAAGUUGGAGCUAGAUGUUCUGCAUCAAAAGUGGCAGAGCAUAUUUGUGUGGCAGGAUGGUCCGCUUAUAAAGGCAAUGAGAGAUGGUGAGCUCUUUCUUGUGGAUGAAAUAUCCUUGGCUGAUGAUAGUGUACUUGAGAGAUUGAACAGUGUGCUGGAGCCAGAAAGGAUGCUAUCUUUGGCUGAGAAAGGAGGGUCUGAUCUGGAGAGGGUUACUGCACACUCAAAUUUUUUUGUUCUUGCUACAAUGAAUCCUGGUGGUGAUUAUGGUAAGAAGGAGUUAUCUCCAGCACUACGCAACCGUUUCACAGAGAUAUGGGUUCCCCCUGUUAAUGAUCUGGAUGAGCUUCAAGGCAUUGCACUGAAAAGAAUUUCCAAGUAUAAAGUUGCUGGCAAGUUAGGCCCCGCAUAUCAAGAAAGACUCACACUCAUUGUUAAUGCUAUGAUAAAUUUUUUUGAGUGGUUCAAUAAACUGCAUCCAGGGAGAAUGCUUACAGUGAGAGAUCUCAUUUCUUGGGUUGAUUUUUUUGUUGCAACGGAAGAAAGCUUAGGUCCUGAAUAUGCACUUCUUCAUGGAGUAUUUCUUGUUUUGCUUGAUGGUUUAAGUCUAGGGACUGGAAUUUCAAAAGGGGAUGCUGCAGAGACAAGGGAGAAAUGCUUAUCUUUUCUUCUGCAGAAGCUGGGGGUUGAUCAAAGCAAUUUAUUAUAUUCAAAGCUUUCAAGAAUGGGAAAUUACAGUUGGGGUGAAUUUGGCACAGGUGUGGAUGUGUCUCAGAGUGAUGCUAAGCACCAUGAUGAUUUAUUUGGCAUUGAUCCAUUCUACAUCAAUAAAGGUAUUGGCAUUUGUGAUGAUGAUGGGUUUGAAUUCAAUGCACCUACUACUAGCAGAAAUGUCUUGAGAGUUUUGCGGGCUAUGCAGGUUCCCAAGCCUGUUUUAUUGGAGGGUAGCCCAGGUGUAGGAAAAACAAGCUUAAUCAUUGCCUUGGGAAAAUGUUCUGGGCAUAGGGUGGUACGAAUAAACUUUUCUGAACAGACUGAUAUGAUGGAUCUAUUAGGGUCUGAUUUACCUGUUGAAAGUGAUGAGGGAAUCAAGUUUUGUUGGUCUGAUGGGAUUCUAUUGCAGGCCCUGAAGGAAGGCUGUUGGGUUUUGCUGGACGAGCUUAAUCUUGCUCCACAAUCUGUUCUAGAGGGUUUAAAUGCCAUUCUGGACCACAGAGCUGAGGUGUUUAUACCAGAGUUAGGUAAUACUUAUAAAUGUCCACCAUCAUUUAGAGUUUUCGCUUGUCAGAAUCCAUCACAUCAAGGUGGUGGCAGGAAAGGCCUUCCUAAAUCCUUCCUAAAUCGAUUUACCAAGGUAUAUGUGGAUGAGUUAGUUGAGGAAGACUAUCUAUCCAUUUGUGAAUCAAAAUUUUCAACUAUACCUAGACCUUUACUCUCAAAGUUAAUCUUAUUCAAUAAAAGGAUGCAUGAAGACACCACGGUAAAUCAAAAGUUUGCCAAGCAUGGCUUCCCGUGGGAGUUUAAUCUUCGUGAUGUUUUUCGAUCUUGCGAGAUAAUUGAAGGUGCACCAAAGCACUCAAGAGUGUAUUCCUUCUUGAACAUAGUUUAUAUUCAAAGAAUGCGCACAGCAGCUGAUCGCAAGGAAGUAUUGCGGAUCUUCAAGGAGGUAUUUGAGGUGACACCAUUUAUAAAUCCAUAUCCUCGUGUUCAGCUCAAUUCACAUAAUUUAAUCGUGGGGAAUGUGACUAUUAAGAGGAAUCACGUCCAAUUAACUACAGACUCAAGCAAACCGCUCCUGAUACUGCCUGAAAUUCGUCAAAGUUUGGAAGCUGCUGCUCAAUGUAUAGAGCGUCAGUGGUUAUGUAUCUUGACUGGUCCAUCAUACUGUGGAAAAACAUCAUUGAUAAGAUUACUUGCUAACCUAACAGGCAAUGUGCUAAAUGAAGUAAAUCUUUCAUCUGCAACUGACAUAUCAGAAUUAUUGGGGUCUUUUGAACAAUAUGAUGCAGUGCGUAGUUUUUGCUCUGUUGUUGCUCAAAUUGAGUUCUAUGUUAAUAACUACAUCAGUUUGCAACUGGAGGCUUCGCAGGAAGCAAUUUUCAGGGAAACAGAUUUAUAUAUCAAAUGGAUUGCUUUCCUCUCUGCCAUGAAAUUUGACAGCUUGUCAUCUUUUCCUUCAAAUUAUUUUGAAAACUGGAGGAAGAUAGUGGGUUCUCUUAAUUUGUUAGCUGAGAUUAUUGGACAACUAAAGUUGCAGAUUGAAAAGCAUUCCCUUCCUGUAUCUUACUCAUUCCAGGGUCUUGACUUGGCUAUGAAGACAGUUUUGAAGCUGAAAGCAGAUGAUCAGAAAAGGGUUGUUUCAACCAAAUUUGAAUGGGUUACAGGAUUACUGAUCAAGGCUAUUGAGCAAGGGGAAUGGAUUGUCUUGGAGAAUGCAAAUCUAUGUAACCCCACUGUUCUUGAUAGGAUUAAUUCAUUGGUAGAACCUUGCGGAUCAAUCACAGUCAAUGAGCGUGGAAUUGUUGAUGGAAACCCAUUGGUUAUUCAUCCUCACCCUAAUUUUCGCAUGUUCCUCACGGUUAAUCCUCACUAUGGCGAAGUUUCUAGGGCAAUGCGUAAUAGGGGUGUUGAAAUAUUUAUGAUGCAGCCAUAUUGGGCAUUAGAUAAUCAAAGUGGGAACAAUUAUGGGGAUACUGAAUUCAAAGAUGUGAAGAGGUUUCUUGUUUUGUCAGGUAUCCCAAUUGCACCAUUGGUUGAUUCAAUGGCUAGAGCCCACAUUUAUGCUAAAAAUGAAGGUUCAGAGCUUAAUGAUCACAUUACGAAUCUCGAACUUUCACAUUGGGUUCAUCUGUUUCUGCAGCUUCUCAUGAAUGGUUGUUGUCCUAUCUGGAGUCUAAAAAUAAGUUGGGAACAUAUAUAUCUCUCCUCAUUGGGUUUUGAAGGAGAGAAAAUAAUCAAUUUUGCCAAAACUGUUUUUUUGUCUGUAACUAAUUUGGCUGGGUAUGAUGUCUUAGCGACAUGUCCUUUGGGUUUGCCUGGAGGAUGGCCAUUGCCACUCAGUUUAAGGGAUUAUGUUUAUUAUUCAAAGGAAGCUUCUGUCAAACAGAACUGCAUGUAUCUGGAAUUCCUGGGAAGUCAGUGUGCAUCAGAUCAAUAUCAAAUUGCUCAUAAGAGGCACUCAACAGCUUGUUUGCAGACUACUGGUGAUCAUGCAAGGGCAUAUUUUAUGGAUUUGAGGACUUUACGUGAAAUUAUGUUUCCUAAGGCUUCAAAUGUGAUGAUUUCAGACUAUGAAAGGGAAUGCAAAUUUGACUCAGAAUUGACAAAUAAGAUGCUAUUAUUUGCAGGCAAUUGGACAAUAGAACAAGCUACACAAGAUGAUUUUAAGUUCUAUCUUCUUCGGUUUAAGUGGUUUAGUUCUCAGUUGCAGCCCUUCUGUCAGUUCUUUAAAAAUUUCAUCAUACUUAUAGAACAGAUAAUCAAGCAUCCUAUUUGGGAGUAUAUUUCAUGUCGUGACAAACUACAUGUCGAUUUGCAGUCAAUGCCAUUGUUAUCACUUGAUUUAGCUGAUUUGGCUGCAUCAAAUAGCAAAAUUAAAUCUCUCUUUAAUGCUAUUAGUUGCUUUGAUCCGCUAAGCUUAACUUACCAGCAAUGGAAUAUUGAGAACCAGCAUAGUUUCGAUGAAGAAACCAGUUGCUUUAUUCCACUUUUGAAGUCUCUUCACGUUUUGGAAGAUGGAAUACUUAACAGAUUUGUUGUUUCAACUCCUAAGCUAAUUGAGGAUCAAUCGUUUGAUUAUAAAUUACAGUUAUACUCUAACCUUAUUGAUGACCAUGCUUUAUUUUGGCAUCACUUCAUUUCUUCGAAGCUUGAUCAGAUGAUAAUUUCUUGGCAUUCUUUGGUUAAAGAUGCUGGAAAGUUUUCAGAUAUCUGUCCAGAAGCUCUGGGUGAUUUUUUGAUGGAGAGCAAAAAAUUGGAAAUGUUCUCUUCUCGGGAGAAAUCCUUACUGUGGAUUCAUGGCGGUCACCCAUUUUUGCCCUCAUCCUCUGAUCUACAUGAUAAACAACAUCAGCUUUUAAAAUUUGUUGAAACAAUUUGGCCAAGAAAGGCAGCAUCUGGUUAUCCAGGAGUAUUGAGCAGUCAUCUUAUUGAUGUCGUUGCAUCAUUUGACCAUGAUCUUCGCUUCCUUGUGAUGCAAGAUAUCUCAAACUCAUCAUUUUUAAUGGCAAAAUGGAGUCAAGAGGAUGGUAUUCAUAUUGGGGAGAAGUUGGGGGAGAUGUAUCAGAUUCUGAUAAGAAGGUUUGAAAAUGAAAAACACAAGUUGCAGUUGAAUACAGGAUCCAAAGACCUUUCAGCUUUUGCUGAAAAUUUAGCUGCUUGUUGCUCAUUUACCCCUGAAAUGUUAUGCCAAAAGUCUGUAUUUGAGGGCUGGCAGGAUACCUUUCUUCCAGUUAAUUAUACCAGUUUAUUCUGGGACAUGGAGUUACUACAGAAACUCACAUCAAUUCAUUUGGAUGAUCUCAGUGGGUUACACCAGGAUGUGGAACGUCUAUCAAACCUUUUGGACUUCGCUUUAAAAUUUUCAUUGAAUUUCUCAUCAAGGCCUCCACAAAUGUUUUCCCCACACCAAAAGAUACUGUGGACCCUGAAUGCAUGGGCUUCAGUGGAUGCAGUGAAUUUGAAAAUUGCGAGCUUUAUUAUGGAGAUGUGGUUUAACUGGCAUGAAUCUAUGUGGGCACUUUUCCCUGAAUUUGUUAAGAACUUCUCAAAGAUUGAUGGUUUUGAUACAAUCAGUAUUGCACUGCCCCACAUGCUUAUUCAUCCUGUCAUUGCAUCAACUGUGAUGCAGAUCACGCUAAGCACACAUGCUAUCAAGGAAUUUUGGGUUCAGUGUCUCAAGUCUAGAGUUACCUUGUCCAAUUUGUGGCAUUGCUCUCAUUAUGGAGCACAUCUGCCAAAUUUUCUUUUAUCUGCUGCUCGCUUUCUUUUCCAACAGAUUAUUUAUGCACAUAGAAAAUCUUUUGAUGUGGAUCAAUUUGAUAGAGUUAAAUCUUAUUUUUCUUCUUUUGAGAAGAAUGUUGUUACGGAAGAAAGCAUCCAUAUGCUGAGCUCUCUUGUUGCUUCAUCAAGACACUGUAGGCUGAAAAACUCAAUGCAGAAAUUCAUAGUCCCGCUUCUUAGGGAGCUGUAUCUUCAGUCUGAUACUGCUGCCCCAUAUAUCAAUCAUACUAUUGGUUGUGCAUGGGUACACAUUGGCAUGUUACGCAUUCAUCUAUUGCUUAGCUCUAAUGACAUUGAUCCCGCCAUGAAGUACUAUUGCAAGUACUCUCAGCUCAUGGAAACAAUAUCAUCACUUGAACUUGAAAUUCAGGUCCGAACAGAGUGUGCGUAUUUUGCUGGGCAAUUUUUUGAGCUAGAGGCUGACAAAAGAAAAGUACAAAGGCUGGAUAAGCUUCAAGCAGAGUGUAGAAAGCUGCAAAGAAAGACUGUGUUUCGCACUGAACCAUGGAAAUACAAGAAGUUAAUAAAUGAAUGUGGUGACUUUCUUAAACUCGUUGAUGCUUUGGAAGUUUUAUUGAGCAGUGCUGAUGCUGAGGAAUUACAGAAGGUUCUUGACCAUGCUCGCAGCUGGCAGGAAACAGCAACUUGUUUUAUUGAUCGGAUGAUGGAUGAGUACACUGCAUACUGUGACAUUAUUCAACCAAUUCAAAUUGCCGUGUAUGAGAUGAAAUUUGGAUUGUCACUUGUUCUGUCUAGUUCUUUGGGAAAAAAAUAUCUGCAUAUGCUUGGGCAGGAAAACAUCAACCAGCUUAUGGAAAUGAUAUACACACUUAUGCGCUUCCCUCGUGCUGCUUCAUGCAUAUCCAUUUCUGUUAAGUGUGACAUUGGGUUGGAUAUGUGUCCUUCAUACCGGCUAGAUUCCGCUACAGGCUUUUAUUUGGUAGAUAUGGAUUUGAUGGAAAGACUUGUUACACUUUCAAGUGGCAUUGCUGCUGAUAAGAAGGAAUCUGUGGUGCAAUAUAGAGCUGCUGUCUAUCACAACAUUCUUGUUCAAAUUGCACAUUCUAUAGCUAAUGCAAAAAUAAUCGAUAAUAAAUCUUAUAUGCUCUUGCACAAGAUUUUUGAUGAGUUUGCCAGGCUUUGGAUGAGUAUGAAAGUUCAUUCGAAGACAAAGAGUGAUAAUGAUGCUCAACAGUACAAGUUUAAACCUCGAGCUUUCCAAAUUGAGAGUGUUGUUGAUGUUGAAAUAUCAACUCCUGCAAAUUCAACUGCAACUGAAACAUUUUCAGAAUGGAGAGAAUUUUCUUAUGAAGAAAAAUAUGCUGACAAGAUGGACCUCACUGAGGAAUGUUUCAAAUUGGAUGACGAUUGGAAGCAGCUGGAAGAGUCUAUCCUCAGCCAUGUGGUUCUCAUUCACAAUCAGUUAUUUGGAUCUAGUGAUCUAAUCCAAACUCCGGGAACUUUCCAUGUUUCUGAUGAAGAUCGGUUGCAUUCCUUCAGUGACUCAUAUUCAAUGGGUAUCAAUUUGAUCAAAGGUGUCUUCUCUACACAGUUUCCCAGUAUGGAUGCUAAACUCAUGCCGGAGCACUUAUUUUAUCUCUGUGUCGACUUUAGAAGAAAGUUCCUUUUGUCUCACAAAUGUGCUACCAGAUACAAUUUUUACAAGGAUUCAAAUGCUCCUGAGAUGGUACAAAUGUUGAAAGUACUUGCACCUCUCCAACAGCAAAUUCUUUCCCUUCUAAAUGAGUGGGAAGAUCAUAAUGAUCUUCAGAGAAUUUUGGAUGUAAUUGACAUGCUCUUGACUCUACCAUCGGAUACCCCUUUAGCAAAGGCUUUUUCCGGGUUGCAGUUUUUACUGUAUAAAGCUCAAGUUAUGCAAGAAAAUGGCUCAAAAUUCUCCUUUUCAAGUCAAUUCAAAUCUGUUUAUGAUCUGUUGUCAUCAUGGCAAAAGAUGGAACUGGGCUCUUGGCCUGCUUUGCUUGAUGAGGUGAUGGAUCAGUAUGAGAAUAAUGCUGGAAAAUUGUGGUUUCCUCUGUACUCUGUUCUGCAACCCAGCUCUUCUGAUCCAUCAAUUGUCCUGAGCCUGAAGGAAUUCAUUCACACAUCCAGCAUUGGGGAAUUUGGGAAACGUCUUCAGCUUCUCUAUGCUUUCCUUGGCCAAAACAAUACCAGUGCAUGCUUGAAAAAUAAUUCCAGUCUUUGUCUGUCGGAACAGUCAGCAUUCUUAUUCAAUAUCUUUGGAUUUUAUGUGCAGUUCUUACCCAUAGUAUUGAAGUACAUUGAAACUAGUAGGAAAGAAAUUGAGAUUGAACUGAAAGAAUUAGUAAAACUAUGUCGGUGGGAGCAUGACAAGAGUUAUGUAUCAAUUGAAAACUUGAAAAAGAGCCGACAGAAGCUGAGGAAGCUUAUACAAAAAUAUACUGAUAUUCUGCAAGAACCUGUGUCAAUUUUCCUUAAUCAAGGAGCUGCACUAAGUGGAUCAAAAGCUCAAUCUUUUCAUGGUCAUAAGCUCAUUUAUGAUGAUCUGAACAAGGGUUUGCUCAGUGGUGCUUUUGAUUUGACAUUGUUUGCAGAAAACAGGUUAACAUGGUUUGACAACUGCAACAAGGAAUUAGACAGUGCUUUGCAGAACUUUCUGCUUAAGAAAACAUCAGUAUUUGAUGUUUUACCCUUACAUAAAAUAAAUAUCAGAUGCAUAUGUAGUCCUUGCAGUGAUUCACAACAUACACUUAACCUAGAGGGAUGGAAGGCUGUGUGGCAUAUGAUUGAAAAAAUAUAUAUUACAGCAGUUGACUGUGGCAAUCUUUGGAAGGAGGAAAAAAAGAGUCAAGGGAAGAGAAGAGCUUUGUCUGACCUUCUUAAGCUUUUAGAAAGCAAUGGGUUAUCUCGACACAAGUCUGCAUAUAUGGAAGACCAGCAUGAAACUUGGUGGUUCCUUCAGCUUUCUUGCAACAUACAGUAUUUAUUGCUAACAAAUUGCAGAUUACCUUAUUUAACCAUUGGAAUUGCUGUUGGAGUCGAAAAUAAAAAUGCCCCAGAAGAAAGUUUUCUAAUGGAGUGGAAAACAGCCAUUGAUCAUUACUUCAAAAGUGUCGUGUCCGUGCUUCUUCUGCAGCAGAUGUGUCUCAAUCCACACAAAGAUAUAACUCUUGAACAGGUUGACAGUUCUAGUUCUUUCCUCAUUCAGCUCAUUCAGAUACAGCAGAAGCAACUGACUGCUGCCAGUGCAUUUGACAAACAAUUGAAAUGCUUUAGAGAAUGUGUAUCUACUCUAGGAAAGUUGUUUUCACUUUCCACCUCCAGUGAUUGCAAUUCUAAUUAUAUGUGCUCUAUUAUUCCAAAUCAGCUUUCUACUUAUAAAUGCAUGUGGCAACAAAAGCAAUUAUUUGAUAGUCUGUGUGCUAUUUCGCGAGAAGAAUUGCUUCUACUUAGGACAUUUGAAAAUAGCCAUUUAAACACUUGUCAAAAAGAAAGAUCUUUAGCCAGUCAGAUGAUUGCUUCCAUUGAAGAAUUUUUACCACUGUUCUGCAAAUCAAAGGAAUCACUGGAUAGUUACCUAAUUGGGGGGACCAGAGCUGUCACUGCAAUGGCUCAUUCCUCACAUCAUUGCAUUGUUACCCAAGAAAUGAAACAGCUGGUAUCAGAUAAUUUCAAGACUAUUAGGGGUUUUAAGGAUUGUUUUCUUGAACUACAGCAGCAUGAACUAGAUAGAAGCACGGUUAAAAAGGUUUUGAUUCAGCAUUUUCAAGAAAUAAUUGAGAAGGCAAAUUUAAUUGAGGAAGAGUUUAAAACCUCUUUAAAGGCUAAUUCCAAUCCAGUAGAAUUAUCCGAUGAGGAUAGACUUAGUGAAGGAAAAACUCUGGAGCUCGAUGCCAGGUUCAGUGAAGCCCUUAUGUCUACAUAUCAGCAUCUUGCAACUGUAUUGCAGAAUUUAUGUUUGUCACACAAUUUUCCUGUGGUUGAAGUUGAAGAGUCCAUGGUAAAAAUUGUUUCAUGGGAAUUGCUAUUUGAGUCAUUUGUCACAAAUCUUAGCUUGGACGUAUUGUGCGAGAAUCUUUUCAAAACGAUUGCUCUUGGGGAGAAGCUGGUUAAACAUGGUGAGAAUGGAAUUGACAGUUAUUCGCAUGUAGGAACGCACUUUAGAAAUCUAUAUACAUUCAUGGUUCAAUUACUGAAUUUGGGUGAUGAGCUCAUGAAAAAUUUCUUAGCCAUGCACAACUCAGUGUCAGUAACAACACAUGUGAUUGCAAAUAUUUUAGCUUCUUUAUUUUCAAAAGGUUUUGGAAUUUCAACUGAAAACCAGGAGGAUGAUGGAUCCCUCAAUACAUCUGGCGAUGCAAGUGGGACAGGUAUGGGAGAGGGUGUUGGAUUAAAGGAUGUGAGUGAUCAGAUUGCUGAUGAAGAUCAGCUGCUGGGAACACGUGAACAGCAAAAUGAAAAGCAAGAUGACUCCAAGGAAAUUCCAAGUAUCAAUAAUACUGGAAUCGAGAUGGAACAGGAUUUUCAGGCUGAUGCACUGAGCCUUAGUGAGGACUCUGAAGAAGAUGAUGAUAUUGAUGGUGAAAAGGGAGAACUUGAGUCUGAAAUGGGACCCACAGGAGCAGACAGUGAAGCAGUGGCUGAAAAAGUUUGGGAUAAGAAUGAAGAUGAAAAUCCCAAUGACACAAAAGAAAAGUAUGAAGCUGGACCUUCCGUACAGGAUAGAAAUGGGGGCAACAGAGAAUUAAGAGCCAAGGAUGACUCCGUCACCGAUGAACCUGGGGAUGGGAAUUGUGGUGAAGAUGAUGCUCAGGAUGAUGAAACUGCAACCCAGGAUGACAUUGGUGAUGGAGAAAAUGAAGAUGAGGUGAAUAUGGACAAAGAAGCAGCAUAUUCAGAUCCUGGUGGAUUGAAAUCUGAUGAGUUAGAACAAACGUCUGACAUGGAUAUGGAUGUAAAGGAAGAUGCAGAUCUCAUGGAAGAGGGAGAAGUUGAUGAGCAAGGUAAUUCAGAUAAGAAUGGAAAUGAAGUAAAUGAGAAUGAAGAGACAUGCUCCCCUGAUGAAGUUAUGGAAGAGGCACAUACUGAAGUUGAUGUAAACUCUGAAAAAGAUGAUCUCAAUCAGGACCAUCAAGAUAGUGAUGACAUGAAUAUCACAGAACCAAAAAAAGAUGCAUCUAAAUCUUCUGAGUUGAUUAAUGAGCAAGUUUCCCCAUCCGAAUUAACAUCACAGUCUACAGUUGAUUGGCAGACAUCUGGUUCUGAAAAUAUAGCAGCAGAUUCAAAUACGUCAAAUAGCCAUCAUGACUUUGACAACCCUGCUCUCUUGGGAGGUUUGCCAUCUAGUAGUAUGUCUGAGAUGGAUCUUAAGAUGUCUGACUCAUCACAGACUGGGGGAUUCAGUGAAAAUCAAGCUAAAUCAAACCUUCCACAGAAUGAAAAUUCAUUUAUUCAGGAAAGGCAUGCCAAUCCUCAUCGAAGUAUAGGUGAUGUGCUGGAGUGUCAGGAAGAAAGAAUUAGAGUAUCUGGUGAUAUUCAGGAAGAUAACAUGGAGAAGCAGGGGGAAAUGGAUGAUGAUAAUGCUAAUGAGUAUGGCUAUGUUUCUGAAUAUGAGAAGGGGACAAACCAAGCUUUGGGACCUGCAACGUCGGAGCAGGUUGAUAGAAACAUUGAUGGCAAUAAGCUUGAUAAAGAAUGUCUUGCCGGAGAAGAUGCAAAGUUGCAGGUUGAGAAGGAAAAAUCAGAAAUGGAUUCUGUAAGCAAAUCUUCCUUAAUCCCCACAAAUGGAAAAAGGGAGCAAGUGAGUAUGUCAGACCUGGACAAGUCACAAGAAGAUAAAUCACUGGACCCUCUUGCUAGUAAGAAUGUUGAUCAUGAAAAUCGCUUGGAAGACUUGGUUUCUUUCAGGAGUUCAUACUUAAGGGAGAACACAGAUAAACUGAGCCAGCUUUCUGUGCAUGAUAAGGAUUUGGGUAAAGGCCAAGAUCCUUGUGAUGUACCUGAUUAUCUGAAAGAUAAUGCUACAGCUCUGUGGAGAAGAUACGAACUUAGCACAACAAAAUUGUCUCUCGAGUUAGCUGAGCAGUUGCGCCUUGUGAUGGAGCCCACUGUAGCAAGCAAACUCCAAGGGGAUUAUAGAACUGGAAAAAGGAUAAAUAUGAAAAAGGUAAUUCCAUACAUAGCAAGUGAUUAUAGUAAAGACAGAAUAUGGCUGAGGCGGACUAGACCCAACAAACGGGAUUAUCAAGUUGUGAUAGCUGUUGAUGAUUCACAUAGUAUGUCAGAGAGCUGCUGUGGUGAUGUUGCCAUUGAAGCUUUGGUCACAGUAUGUCGUGCUGUUUCUCAAUUAGAGAUGGGCAGCUUGGCUGUUGCGAGCUUUGGCACAAAAGGAAACAUAAAGUUAUUGCACGACUUUGAUAGGCCCUUUACUGGAGAGGCUGGGGUUAAGAUGAUCUCCAAUUUGACAUUCAAGCAGGAGAAUACUAUUGCUGAUGAGCCAGUUGUUGAUCUAUUGAAGUACUUGACUAACAAGCUAGAUACUGCAGUAGCAAAAGCAAGACUUCCAUCUGGACAUAACCCCCUGCAGCAACUAGUUUUAAUAAUUGCAGAUGGUCGGUUUCAUGAAAAGGAGAACUUAAAGCGGUGUGUUAGAGAUGUAUCAACUGGUAAUCGGAUGGUUGCUUUCUUGCUUCUGGAUAAUUCUCCGGAGUCAAUUAUGGACCUCAUGGAAGCAUCUUUUGAGGGUGGAAAGAUGAAAUUUUCCAAGUACAUGGAUUCCUUUCCCUUUCCCUACUAUAUUGUCCUGAGGAACAUUGACGCGCUGCCUAGGACUCUUGCAAACCUGCUGAGACAGUGGAUGGAGCUUAUGCAGCAUUCAACGGACUUUAAUGGUUGAAGACUUAUGUCGUGCAAGUUCAAUUAUUUUUGCUUUUUUUUUUUUUUGGGUGGGGGGAGGGGGGUGUUCAUUGUACGUAGUAGAGCCCAAAAUAGUAUUCUAAUUGUACAGCAAUUGAGUGUACAGAUAUUGCUUCUUUGACUAAGAAUAUCAUGUUAGUUGCAUUCAAUGAAACUUCAUA